AUGGGCUAUCGAAUUAAACGUCAGGGACUAUUAUGUGUACUCGUGUUAAAUGUGAAGGACUAUUAUGGGGAGGGUAUUAUUAUGUUAGGGACUGUUAUGGUGAUCGACCAUGAUUGGCAGGGACUAAUAUCAGCAGUGCAAGAGGUGAUGCCCAAUGUGCACCAUCGUUUUUGUGUCUGGCAUUUGUGGAGAAACUUUAACAAGAGUUGGAAGGAUUUACAACUAAGGGGGCUUUUGUGGGAAUGUGCAAGGGCAACAACUCAUCAAGAGUUCAGGGAUGGAAUGGAUAAGAUAAAAAGACUGAAUGAAGAUGCAUGGGCAUAUUUAGAUAAAUGGCAAAGAAAUGCAUGGACUAGAAGCGCAUUCAGCCAUAAGCCGAAGUUGGAUAGUAUUUGUAAUAACGCGUGCGAGGUGUUCAAUGCAAAGAUCAAGGAUGCAAGAGCCAAGCCCAUUAUAACAUUGUUGGAGGAGGUUCGAAUGUUCGUAAUGCGGACCAUAGCCAAGAACAAGGUGAAACUAAACAAUCACAAUGGAGUGCUCACACCGGUUAUAAAGAGUCGAUUGGAGAAAGUUAGAAAAGAAUCUAAGAAUUGGAAGCCUAUUUGGACAUGGGACAACGGAUAUGAAAAGUUUGAGGUGCAUGGACACCCAACUAAUCAUGUGGUGGACUUAGGAAAAAGACUAUGCACUUGCCAAUUUUGGAUGCUUACAGGUAUUCCUUGUGUGCAUGCAUGUGCUGCACUGUCUCGGGUUAACAAGCCACCAGAAGACUUUUGUCACCGCUUGCUAACAAUAGAGUCAUACAGGGAAACAUAUAAUUAUCAUAUUAAUCCAAUUCCUAGACAACCAUUAUGGGAGCAUGCAGAAGAAUGUAACAGGCCACAUGCACCAAAAAUAAAGAGAAAACCUGGAAAACUACAGAUGAAAAGACGGAUGGAUGCUGAUGAGAAGGGUGGUGGAGGAUCUAAAAAGUAUAAAGCUGAUCCCAAGCCUCAGAAUAACAACGGAGAUAAUGUUCAUCUAAAGAGGCAGUUGGGCCCCUUUACUUGCAGUUUCUGUGGUGAUAAAGGACAUACAAAGAGAGGUUGUAAGAAGAAGAGAGCUUGUGAUGUUGCUGCAGCUGCUGCAGUUGCUGCUGCUGCUGCUGAGGCUAAUAAGAAGAAGAAAAAUGAAGGAGGUGCCCCUGCAUCUGAGCAGCAACUUCAGCAGCCUCAACAUGAUGGUAACCAACGUGAUGGAGAAGAUAAUUCUCUUAUGCAGUCUACUGAGAUUGGCCAAGCCACUUCUGAUGCACAACCUGUAGAGAUAGAUAUAUCUCAGCCAACUGCUUCUGAUGUAGAAGAUUCUCAAAAGGAUCAUGGAAUAAAAAGGCCUUCAAAAUUAUCACCAAGGAGAAGAUCCUCUCCACUAGCAACUUCUGGUACACACCACCAACUCUUUUAA